UCGCUUCGGAGUCAGUGCCGCGCCACCGCCGGGACUCGCCAACCAAAAACCAUAUCAGUCUUACAAUCAUGAUGAGAAUGCAACAAAAGAUUGCUUUAGCAACAAUGCUACUAUGGAUCAACUUCGGACGUAAUAACGCUGUUUUUAGUCCUGUUUUCGGCGUUAUUAAGACAGAGAAACCAUCAUCGUCCCCGUCUCCUAACUCUCUACUAGCUACUGCCAGAUCAUGUUCUCAUCAGUCGGAAUGCGCCGGUAUUAGCGGCAGUUCGUGCGUUAGAACGCCUUACGACUCGGCGACCCGUUGCUUGUGCGGCGACAACUCGCCUCCCGUCAACGGGCAGUGCGAAGCGCAAACCAAAUCUCUGUACCACGUCUGCGCGACCAGCGACGAGUGCGGUGACGAAUUGAUCUGCGGCGUCCCGAACAUAACCUCGACGGCUCCAGACCAUCUCUACGUCCACUCGCCCCAGGAGAAGAUCUGUCUAUGCGACACCGACAGCGGAUUCAAAGAGAAAGACCACGCCUGCAGCGACGCUGAUAUCCUGAGAACAUCUCUAUUCGCUAUCAUAAUCUUUUCGUGUUUAAGAAAACUAUUUCAAUAAACAAACAAACUUUAUGUCGGACACUAUAAUUAUUAAUAAUUUCGAGUACAAAUCGCACAGUUUUUUAUAUAAUGUUUCGUUUCAUUGUGAAUCUAAAGUAAUUUAGAAAAAUUGUUAAUUAAAAAAAAAAAAAAAACACGCAUCUGUAUCUGGCAACAUUUCUUCUACAGCUAUAUCAAGAUAAGACUUUUUAUGCGACCAUACAGUCUAUAAAUUACAAGCGUCACUCAAAGCGUAUACUCAAAAAUGCUUUUAAAUUUUUUAUAGCCAGCAUCUGCAUAAAAACAAUGGAGGCUAGAGGUAAGGAGAACCGUCUCUGUGUGUGAAAAAGUGUCCGUUAAAAUCUGCUAAAUAAAGAUGGCGCUACAGUAGCAACCGGGUAAAUUUAAAAAAGGCGUUGAAAGUUAUUAGAAUAAGAUAGAGAAAUAAAAAACGACGAAAGCACUGUAAGCACUACAAAAUCACAAAAAGUAUUUUAUUUAAAGCCGAUAAGAAUGUGCAAUCGAUGUCUCCACGUUUUACCACAGCAAUAAUUUUAGGUUAUAUUGACGAAAUUAGUUUGGACUACGUAAACAUGUGAGGUCUUGUAUAUGACACUGUCACUAAUUACUCUAGUCAUUACAUAUAUGUAAUUUCCUAACUCAGCAUACUUCAAUCAGUUGACAACUGCUCAAUUCAUAUCAUAGCCUGUGCUUAAGCUAGCGCCAUUGUAGAGCAUUUUCGAACUGUUAUUUAGUGCUGAAAGGGGACACUUUUUCAAGCUUCUCCCAUAUGAGACGGUUCUCCUUACCUCUACCCUCCAUAAUAAAAACUUUAAGGAUAUUCUUGCAUAGAUUAACUGCACUGAAGGAAUUUUAGCAAAACGAUAUAUUUUUGGCGCGAAAAUUAAAUUGUAUCUCUGUAAGGAAGCAAAUUAACAAAAAAAAAUUUAGACAUAGUUGCUUAGAGGCACUCUUUUUUGUCACGAGUAGAUAUUUUCAUGGCGUUAAUAAAUAAGAAUAAUGUAAAAUACUUUAUUGUUAUGUCAAAAAAAGGAAAAAUUGCUCACUUUAUAGUUCUGUGUAAUCUUCUUUUUUACGGCCAUUGCUAAUGUAACUUUUCAGUCCGCGCGAAUCGUUCCACUUGUAAACCUAGUGUUUCAUCACAUGUAAGCGUGUCAUAAUGGUGACUUACUGUUUACUAAGACACAAGGGGUGUAAAAUGGAGCAGAAUCACGAGACUUAGCAUAUUUAAAAAAAAAACUAUUUAAGUAUUAUAUUGGGCCGUUUACUGAAAAAUUAUUUUUUAAAUUUUUUACUGUAUUACUAAAUAAAAUUUAAAUUUGAAGCCCUCGUUGCUAAAAUCGAACUUUUCAAAAUAGAUCAGCGUCUUGAUUUAUGAAGUAAGGUUUUAUUACAAUUUAAAGUAUAAUUAAACCAGGAGCACAGCAAAUUUACGUUACAUAAUUUAGUAAAAAAAAAGUUCCUUCAAAAUAAUUUGUAACGCUGUAAAUUUUUUGCGCGCUUAAAAGAAAAAAAAAAGUUUGUUAUGAAAAAAAUUAACAGAACAUUAUUUUAACUAGAAAAAAAGCAUUGGUAAUUAUUUUUCACCAAUAAUCAUGAUUGUUCAAAUGAAUCCGUCCAUUAAUAUUAUUGUAAUUUAGCCUAAGUAUUUUGAUACAAAAUGUGUCUUAUCACACAAUAUGAUACGUCGACGUCACAAUAAUAUUUUAUCUGCGAUAUAACGUCUUGACCGGCGUCAACCAUUGACACACUUCGAGAUAUGAGAGGCUGUUUAGUUAAUGCGACAUUUACGCAAGAUUACAGAGGAGCCAUUUAAUAUUUAAAUGUUGGAAAAUAUAAUAUAUCUACAUAUUAAUACGUGAAGCAAAAACUUUGUAUCACUUUUUACGAAAAUUGCGCGGACGGAGGAGUAUGAAAUUUCCCACACUUGUAGAGAAUAUAGAGAAGUGCACAAUGCUAAUAUUUUUUUAAAAUAAUGCAUAAAAGAUACAUUAAAUCAAUAAAGAAAACAUUACAUACACUACAUACCAUGACAUGGGGUAAAUUGGGAUCCUGGGGUAAAUUGGGACAAACCUGCGGAAGAUUCUCAAAGUACCUGUAGCACGGAAUCUACCUAAUUUUGUUUAUGUUAAUAUUUAUCAAUGUAUAGAAGAAAAACCGAGUUAACUAUGGAAGUACUAAAUAUGAGUUAAGUUGGUCCCAAAAAUUCGUCAAAUUAAAUUGAAAAUAGUGGUUGAAAAGUGAGUUUUAAAACAGCUUAAAGAACUUUUAAAAAAAGUAAUAUUAUCGUUGUUUUUUCAAUAAGAUCACAGUUUAUAUAAGUUUUUAAUACACCUGGAAAUACCACAACAAACGGUAAGUUGCAAUAUUCUUAUUUUAAAUACAAUAUUUCGACAAAAUAAAAAAUGUAUAUUUUUUCCUUUCUUUUUGGGGAAAAUUGGGACGUAUGUAGGGUAAUUGGGAACGAGACUGGAAAAAUUAGAGACGAGAAAACACAAAAUUGGAACGCCAAAAGACAAAAUAGGGAUGGCUUGUUAGGGUUGUCACUGAUAUCUUAUAAUAGAUUUUUUAGCCUAUACUAUCACUUAAUUGCGUGAUGUAAAGAAGGUUAAUGUGAAGGUUAAAAGAAAAGUAUAUAUAUAAUUACUUUUUUUCGCGACAUUUACCUUGUAAUAUCUGCCGGUCGUAUGUUCUUUAUAGCAAUAAAAAAAAUUAAAAGUUAAAAGAACUCAAACGAAUCAAAACUUUUGUUAUUUCAGAAUCUAUUCACGCAUCGAAUCAUGAUUUUGUUAACAUUCAAAACGCACACACAAAUAAAAACAGGCCUCAGAUUUUAAAUGUAACAUUAAUUAAAAAUCCGAUAUAUCCAAUUAUGAGUGAGUGAAUUAAUUGAGUUUAGUUAUUUAGCUUAGAAAGAAUUUCUUUUAUUUUUGUUAUUAUUGGCAGUAAUCAGAUAAAGCUGUUUUUUUAUCUUAUUCACCUGAUAUCUUACUCUUGCUCAAAGAUUAUUUUGAAAAUGUUGAUUAAAUAAAAUUGUAUUAUUGCA